UCUGUAGAUUCAGCUCCAAUCAAUGAGAAGGUCACAUCGUCUCUUGUUUUAUUCGCUCCUAGUAUACUAGAAAUUCUAUUAGUGAAGAAAUGAACUAAAGCUAUGCUUGUGAUUAAUAUUAUGAUUCACGAAAUUUACAAUGGAAUAUAUAUUCCUAUCUUACCCACCGAACCUUACUCGUUCUCUUCAAAUUUAUAAAAUAUGCUCACUUGUUUGUAUAAUUUUCAUCACUGUCAGGCUUUGUUGUUGCGCUACAAACAAUCAAACUAUACCAAAACAAAAUGUUCCGACCACACCUGAGCUAUCUGACUUAUCUCAUAACAAAAGAAAAGCACUAUAUACUCCAUAUUGGGCUGUAGAAAUCAAAGGAGGUGAAAAGGCUGCGCGUGCUAUAGCCGAAAAAUACGGAUUUCUAUAUCUUGGAGAGAUUUUACCUGGAAUUUAUCAUUUCAAGCAUAAUCGUAUUUCCAAAAGAUCUUUGAGACAAAACAAUUAUUAUCAUGAUCAAUUAGCUAAUGAUGAACAGGUAGUAUGGUUAGAACAACAAGUUGCAAAGGUUCGAGUUAAACGAGAUGUGCACAUUCCAGUUAAAGAUCCGAAAUGGCCUCAGAUGUGGUAUUUAAAUCGUGGAGGUCCUGGUGGUCUUGAUAUGAAUGUUCAAUCAGUUUGGGCACGUGGUUAUGCAGGUCAAAGUGUCGUGGUUACUAUUCUAGACGAUGGUUUAGAAACAGAUCAUCCAGAUUUAAAAGAUAAUUACGAUCCAUUUGCAUCAUAUGAUGUGAACAGUAAUGAUGAUAAUCCAGAACCUCGUUAUUUAACAAGAGAUAAAAGUAAUACCAACCGUCAUGGUACUCGUUGCGCUGGUGAAGUGGCUGCUGCCGCAAAUAAUAGUGUAUGUGGAUUGGGUAUAGCUUAUAAAGCUCGUAUAGGUGGCGUACGUAUGUUAGAUGGUGAUGUGACUGACGCAAUGGAGUCACGUUCAUUAAGUCAUCAGCUACAACAUAUUGAUGUAUAUUCUGCAUCAUGGGGUCCGGAAGAUGACGGUAAAACAGUUGAUGGUCCAGGCAAACUUGCUCAAAUGGCAUUUCGUAAUGGAAUACAAAUGGGUCGACGUGGUUUGGGAUCAAUUUUUGUAUGGGCCAGUGGGAAUGGUGGUACAAGUCAUGAUAACUGCAAUUGUGAUGGGUAUACAAAUAGCAUUUAUACACUAGGUGUUGGAUCAGUUUCAGAGCACGGAUCUGUUCCAUGGUAUGCAGAAUUAUGCUCUUCAACGUUAGCUGUUACCUAUAGCAGUGGAGGACGUGGUGAACGUGGUGUUAACAGACAAUGGAGAAAUUUGGCGAUUACAACAGAUUUAAAUCACACUUGUACUGAUAAUCAUUCUGGUACAUCGGCCAGUGCACCAUUAGCUGCUGGUAUAUGCGCUCUCACCUUGUCAGCCAAUCCUAAUUUAACUUGGAGAGAUUUACAAUAUUUAGUUGUUUAUACAGCACGUCCAGAUGGUUUAUAUGCAGAUGAUUGGCAUGUGAAUGGUGUUGGUCGACGUGUAUCACAUGCAUUCGGUUAUGGUUUAAUGGAUGCCGCCGCUAUGGUUGAUUUAGCUUUGAAUUGGACUAAUGUACCACCACAACGUGUAUGCGAAGCUCAAGCUCCAAUGACCGGUGAUCCAAUUACUAUAAGACAAAUGUCUAAAGAAAAUUUAGCUUUAACUACUGAUGGUUGUGAAUCAGCCGCAGCUCUUGCAGGUGAUCUAUCACAUCGUGUUGUACAUUUGGAACAUGUACAAGCUAAAGUAACUCUAAGUAGUGUACAACGAGGUGAAAUUGAAUUGUGGUUAACGUCUCCAGCUGGAACUAUUUCACAACUUUUAAGCAAAAGGCCAAAAGAUAUUGAUGUCGCCGGAUUUCAUGCAUGGCCAUUUAUGUCUGUACACUAUUGGGGUGAAUUAGCCAAUGGUACUUGGAAAUUAACAGUUAAAUCGGGAAAUGCUGUCGUUUUGAUUCAUGAUUGGAGCUUAAUUUUAUAUGGAACAAAUACUCCACCACCAUCUGUACCAAGUUCUUCGCAUAGACGAGGUGUCAGACAACUUCCCAGGAACCAAGAGUCUAAUCCUUCUGCAAAAUCUCAAAAAACAUGGAUUGAUCCACAGAAAGACAAAUUUCAUUCAUCUAAAACUUCACAACAGCCUCAACAAAAAUCCAUUGAAACAUCAAAGCACUAUUCCUUAGAUUCUGUUUUAAAUCCUAUUAAUCAAGAAAAUGGUGAUCAUAGCUCUAUUGGUUCAUCGGAGAAUCAAAACUCUUAUCCUUAUCCACCAUUUUACUAUUUAAACAAUCAAAACUCUUAUCGAUAUUGGCCUACUUGGAAUAGUGAGUACCAGAGUUUGUCACCUGUUCAAGCCCCACCUCCACCACCUCCUCCACCGCCACCUAUACCGACGAUCUCUGUUCUGUCAUUACCACCGCCUUCAGCACCACUAUCUUCUUCCUCCUCCUCAUCAUCCUCUUCUGCCGCUUCACAUUCUUUAUCCUCUUCUUCUUCAUCAUCUCAUGAAUUCUACCCUAAUUAUUUUCCACAAUCUUCUAUUCCCUUCUCUUCUACCGGUCAUUCUUCAUCAAAUCAUGGUUUAGACGAAUCAAAUCCUUCAAUUGAAUUUGAUAUACCAUCAUUAGUUGUACAGUCGAAUGAUUUCACACAUAUUGAAACAUCUAAUACACUCGAUCGAAAUGGUUAUUCCGAACACGAACUUAGUUUAUCUCAAAAUCAUGGACAAUUAUUAGUUAAUCAUGAUGAGUCAAUACAACGUAGCAAUCAUAAAAUUGAGAAUAAUAACAAUUAUAUUAAUAUUAAUAAUAAAAACACAGUGAAUAAUUCUGUUUAUUCUAUUAAUGUAAAUUUCCUUUAUUUAUUAUCCUCUCUAAUCUUAUUUAUUUUAUUUGUCUACUGAAUAGAAAUUACUGUUUUAUAUAUAUGCAGCAUUUCUCUUUAAAAAACAAAAAUAAUGAUUCAAUUUUUGUCUGUUUUGUCAAGUCGUUUCAUUGUUGUCGCUGUUGUUGUUGUCGUCGUCGUCGUUGCCGUCGUCGUUUUUCUCCUUAUUCAUCUAUCUUCAGUUUAUAGAUUGUUCUGUAUUUGAAAGUGCCAAUUGUGAACAUUCAAUUUUAAACUAUCAAUAUCAAAUAUUGUUUUAGGGAUUUUAUUUUAUUUUUUAUUUUUUAAAAUAUGAAGCUAUUAAAAAUUGAAUUCAUUCUGUCAGUAAACAUUUUUUUCUUUCUUUAAUUAAUCUUAAUUAGGAACUGUUUAAUGAAAAAUUUAUCUUCUUCUUAAAACAUACUUGCUGGAUUUUGCUUCAAAUUUGUAAUGAUGAUUAUGAAGAUGAUGAACAAAUGUGUUUAUCUGUGUUCUAGCAUGUAAUGAGUAGUACAGUUUGAUUUUCUACUAGCGAAUACAUUUUAACUUUGAAAAGUGUGAAAUUAUUUUGUUUCUUUGUUUGCAUUCCCUUUAGUGUGAUUAUAUAUAUAUAUAUUCAAGUUUGUUUACUUCCAGUCACUCAUCCAUUUAUCUCUAUGAAUGUAUAUUUUUAUGUAUAAAAGUAAAUGAAACAUUGAAAAUUCUUCAAUAUCCUAUAAAAGGGGUUUAUCUUUUUUUAUUUAAAUGUUUAGUUCUCAUACAUCUAUACGCACAUAUGAUAUAAAUAAUCUCAUUGAUUGAUCCAUUAUUAUUACUACCAAAGGAAUAAAUUUCAUUCACAAAAUUAAAUAUGGUUUUUCUUUUAUCUUACAAUCUAUUUGAUUAUUUUUUAGCAAUUUUACAAAUUAUUCUUAUUUCAGUUUUAUCUGUAUGUUUAUAUCUAGAUGUGUAAUUGUUUUACACAUUUGUCAAACAUUUUGUUGUUGUUGUUGUUGUUGUUGGUCAUUUUCGAAAAUUCUACUUAUUUUUUAAUAUGCUAAUUCAAGUUUAUCUUCUUUCUGUACUUACUUGAAUAGUUCGUUUUUUACUUCUACAUUAUAAAAUAUCUUUAUUUUGUUUUAAUUCUUUAUUCUCUGUAUUGUAAUUACUUUCGGAAGCCAUGUAUACACACAUUCACACACAUGCAAUGGAUGAUAUGCUUAUCUAGAGUUGUUCUUUCACUGGUCACUUGAAGUUAACAAUAUACUUUUUCUAUCCACUAGUUACUAUUAUUUGGUAAUAAUCAGUCUUCGCCAUGCACACACACACACACACUUUUGGCUUCGUUGCUUAUAAUGUCUGCAGAAAGGCUAUGUUAAUGUGUGCAAUGUCCACUGUUCAAUUAUUCUUUAUUUCUCUCUAUUUUCUUCUAAAUUGAAUACCAAAGUGAAAAUACUCGAAAUAUUCUGAUAUAUAUCCCUUUGUUGUUUCUCUAGAUCGUGAACAUAUUGUCAUAUUUAACUGAAUCCACUGUUGCAAGAUAUUUUUAUGAUUGUAAAGCUUGUAUUUUUUUAAAAUGUAAUUCUAUAAAAUGAUGGAGAGAGUAAGAAUCAAAUACCUGAACAUAACUAUACAGCAAUGGAAGCUUUUAUGUUGUAUCUUUUUAACAAAAUAUUGUAUUGAAUUGUUUGUUGGAUUUGGUUCAUUAUGUUCAGAGCAGUCUGUUUGUGUGGGUAUUUAUAUAUUGAUUUGUGCAUUUAUUUUUAUUUUGCACAAACGCAAAAUUCUACCUCACCUUAUUCAAGUCUUUGUUAUCUCUAUUUGUUGUUACCAUUAUCGUUACUGUUUUAUUUUGUCUUCUGUUUUGUUAUUGAAAAUUCUGCACUACAGAGUUUAUCCAAUUAUUGUCACUUAUCUGUAAUAAAAUAUAAUAAAUAUUCAAUUUAAUUUGGUUCACAAA